AUGACGGUAGUCAAAUCAACGUUUAUUAUUCUUGGAAUUUGUGGAUGCUGGAGACCGAUGUCUUGGUCAUUGUCGUUUUAUAAACGUCAUAUUUAUAAUUUCUAUACGAUUUUUAUAGCAUUUUUAGUAACGACUUUGUCAUUAACUCAAAUCGUCGGUAUCAUUUUAAAUGCUAACGAAAACGACGACAUUUCCGAUGACGUUUAUGUAUUCCUGGCACAUUUUGUAUCUUGUUUUAAAAUGUUAACACUCGUGAUCAAUCGUAAUAAUAUUGUUAACUUAAUUGUUACAUUGGAAAAUGAACCCCAUCGAAUUAUGGACAAUGUUGAGGCCAAUCUUCAAAUGAAAUUCGACAAAUUGUCGCGGUAUGCUGCAUCAGUAAAUAAAACAUUUAAAUUUGCGAUUUUCAUGCAAUUUUUGGCAAGUACAUUGACAGUCUGUUUUACAUUGUUCCAAUUGACCAAAGUGUCAACAUUUUCAUUGGAAUUUGUCAAAAUAACUGUUUUUAUAUCCGGAAUGUUAAUACAAGUUUAUCUCUACUGUUCCUACGGACAUUUAGUCACUCUUAAGAGCCAAGAAAUUGUAUAUCAAAUUUUCGAUACAAAUUUGGUUGGGCUAAACAACGACAUGAAGAAAAGUCUUUUGAUUAUGAUGAAUCGUACUACGAGGCCAAUUGUUUUUAUUGUUAUGAAUCUUUUUCCCUUGAAUCUUGAUUCGUUCGUAAACAUACUUAAGACUGCAUACACGGCGUACAAUUUUUUGACACAAACGCAAGAAGAAUAA